AUGCCGCCCAAAGGCUUAGCUAUCCUGAUCGGGGCUGGUCCAAACACUGGCGCCGGUAUUGCUCGAAUACUAUCUCAUCCCUCCCAUGGCAACCUCGCCGUGGCACUGCUCGCUCGCCGCCCCGAACCGCUCAAUGACCUACUCAAGUCUCUCCGAUCGUCCAGCCCAGACGCAGUACUCGAAGCCUUCCCGACAGACACUUCGCCAGACUCGCUAAAGAAGACGUUCGCGGAUAUCCAGCAGCAUGAGUCGUUUAAGGAUCUGAAGUUGCAGAUGGCGAUAUACAGCAUCAAGCACAGUAGCAAGAAGCCGUUUAUGGAGGAGACGUACGAGGACUUUACCGGAUCCCUUGAAGCCUAUGUUGGCGGCGCGUUCACCUUCGCCCAGGAAUCCUUAAAGCGCUUCUUCGCUGAUCAUGGCGAAACUCCACUACAGGAGGGCGGCUCGAAGAAAGGCACCAUCAUCUUCACCGGUACCCUCGGCGCGCUGCGUUGCUCCGCACAGUUCGCUGCCUACGGCGCCGGCCGCGCAAGCGUGCGGCAGCUGGCGCAGACGCUCGCGAGGGAAAUGUCAGAGAAGGGCGUACAUGUGGUGCACACGAUUGCGAACGGGAGCAUAGUGGAUGAGGAUGGGGAGGACCAGAAGCAGGGGAAGAAGAUGAGUGCGGAGGCGGUGGGCAAGACGUACUUGUGGUUGAGUGAGCAGGAGCCGUGUCUUUGGACGCAUGAGUUGGAUUUGAGGCCGGCUUGUGAGAAGUUUUAA